AUGGCCGCACGUGGAGGACGAGGUGGGGGACGAGGAGGUCGCGGUGGACGGGGUGGUGGUGCAGGGGGUGCAGGGGGUGCAGGGGGUGCGCCUCAGAUGCCGAUCGGCCAGUUGCUCUACUCCGAUAUCAUCGCUCAUUCCAAGCUGGAGACCGGCGUGUUGUACCCGGUAAGUCUGCAAGUCGAGCACUGGGUGCUGGUACACUCGUCAUGGCUCGUUCGCUCGCUGGUGUCGUAUACUUGUCGUCGAGGUUGCGAAGUGCCUCUCCUCGUGGUCGUGCCCGUGCUAGCAUUCGCUGUACCAACCAACUUGCUGACGCUAUUCUUCUCCAACUAAAUUUCCAGCCUGCUCCCGAAUGUGACACCGACUUUCCCUCCCCGGACGAACAACGUAUCGCACGCACCAUCUCGCGCCUCAACAACGAGAUGAGGUUGAAUUCGACCUUCCACCUCGCCGCGCCGAGUACGACCCAAGCUGGUCAGUGCUGAUGCACAGAGUUGGUCUCAUGAAUGAUUGAUACCAUCGUACUCAUAAUCAUGAAUUUGGUCUACUACGGGAUGGCGUGUUCGCAUAGAACUGGAAAAGUAUGCGGACCGAUUCAAGCUCGGACGAAGCAAAGACCUACCGACGCUCAAGGAAUGGCACAAGCACCGCACCGUCGCGCUCGACUUGUUACCGUCCAGUGUUGCGGAAGCCGUGUGGACGGAGAAGACGAACAAGAGGCGGCUCGGACGGGAUGAGCAGGGUCAGUUGGGCGAGAGGGCGAGAGGGCGAGAGGGCGAGAGGGCGAGAUUGGGCUCGUCAGGGGCUGGCGAAUGGGUCGGUGAGGCGAUGCUAAUCGUUUGUUCUUUGGUUUGGGUCACUUUUCGCUUUAGGCAAUUCGAGCUCGUCAAAGAAGAGCAAGAACGUCGACGAUCUCAUGAAAGCCGAAGAGGUAAGUCACGUUUCCAGGCCGACGCCGCCAAUUUUCACCGCCGGAGCAAAUUCAUGAAGCAACAUUUGACUAACCUGAUGAGUACCUUAUCCUUCGAAUUCACUCUCACAGGAUGCCGAAGGUGCCGGAGAGAGAAGUGACGUCUCUGGCAACUCCGACGAUGACGACGAGCAACUCGAAGGUCUCGAAGACGACGAGGACGACGAUGGUGGUAACGAGUACGAGGACAAUUACUUUGACAACGGUGAAGGUGACGAUGGGGAUAUGUUGGGUGUCGGUGGUGGUGGUGGUGAUGAUGGUCAGUGCUCUGAAUUCGGGUGUACUCGGUUCCUGAUCGGCUGAGCUGACAUUUUCCUUUUGUCUCUUGGGGGUUUGAUCGGUGCAGAGGGUGGCAUGUUUGAUUGA